UGGAGGUCAGCUGCUAGUAAUGAAUUUUUGGUGGUGUCGGUGUAGACGAAGAUGGUAAGAACACGCCACACACCCGGAGAAGAUAACGAGGAUGAAGAAAGGCCAAGCGUAUUUGUAUCUCUUAAUGGUCUCGACAAAAAGAAAAAUCAAAUUAUUGUACAGGAUGAUGUAGACAGUGAAGAGAGUGGUAUUUCGGAAUUCCCUCAGUCCUGUAAGCAGAAUUUAGAUGAUUCACUUUUGCCACCUCAAAGAAAUCUGAGGCCUAAAAUUCGUUCAAGUGGUGCAUAUUUUAUCAAUGGCUCUUCAGAUGAAGAUUCACCAUCAUCAAGAUCUAGAGCUAAGAAAAAGCGUCGGAAAAGUACAAAGAAAAUGAGUCCAAAGGAAAACAAGAGGGAACGGCAUUGUAGCAAACAGUUACGAGGCAUAACAUCUAAUUCUAGCAGAAACGUGGUAUCUGAAAAGGAUGAAGAGGAAUAUAACAGUGCAGUCAGGCGAAGUUCACGUCAAAAGAGAUUGGUUUAUGAUUCACUUAAAGGAAGUCAGACGCCAAACGAGACUGGCAAAGACGACCCAGGUGUAAGGUCGAGCAAGAAAAGAAAAGUGGAGAAUAAUCAGCUUUUUAAUGAGGAUGAAGCCGGUGACCACAAUAGUGAUGCAAAUAAAUUCUCCGAUAUGUACAGCAGAGUGAAAAGACCAAGACCGAAAGUGAAGCGGGACAUGUAUGGUGUACCAAUCAAUUCAUCAGAGUCAGAGGGUGAUUCCACAUUGGGGACAGGUGAUGAGUGUGAAAGUAGUGGAGAUGAUGGUGCCCAGCCGCUAGAUUCUCAGGAAAAAGAAGACGGGAAUAAGGAAGAACCCAAGUCUUACUACAUGAGGGAACACCGCCCUCGUACUCAGCAUUUUGAAGUCAGACCUGAGCCAAUCAGGCGUAAAACACAAAUUGUCUUCAGGGGAGAAACACCACCAUUAUCUCGCCAUCAGACUAAAAUAUACCGCUCGCCAGCACAUAGGCGAAGGUGCAGCUACAGAAAACGGGCAGCAUUUCAUGACAGCUCAGAUUCAACAUCCUCUUCAUCUGAUGAAUCCAGUGAUGAAGAGAGAUUCCAACACAGAAAGGCCAAGAGCAUGGCUCGGGCAAGAAACAGAUGUUUGCCAAUGAAUCUGUCUGCGGAAGAUCUUCAGUCGGGAAUACUAAGGGAGAGAACAAGGAUUGGUGCCAGUCUAGCCGAUAUUGAUCCUAUGGCCAUUGACAGAUCAAUAACGUUUGAAAGUGUUGGAGGUCUUUUCAAGCACAUUAGAGCCCUCAAAGAGAUGGUUGUCUUUCCACUUAUGUAUCCAGAAAUAUUUGAACGCUUCAAGAUCUCGCCACCUCGUGGGGUUCUUUUUCAUGGACCACCAGGAACUGGAAAAACAUUGAUGGCCAGAGCAUUGGCAAAUGAGUGCAGUACAGGCGAAAAGAGGGUUGCUUUUUUCAUGCGAAAAGGUGCCGAUUGUCUCAGCAAGUGGGUGGGAGAGUCGGAAAGACAGCUGAGAUUGUUGUUUGAUCAGGCAUACCAAGUGAGACCGUCAAUUAUAUUCUUUGAUGAGAUUGAUGGCCUUGCACCUGUGAGGUCCAGUAGACAAGAUCAGAUCCACAGCUCCAUUGUUUCCACUCUUCUAGCCUUGAUGGACGGUCUAGACAGCAGAGGUGAAAUAGUUGUGAUUGGUGCAACAAAUCGGAUUGAUUCCAUUGACCCUGCUUUGAGAAGACCAGGGAGAUUUGAUAGAGAAUUUCUCUUCCCUCUUCCAACUCUGGAGGCAAGAAAACAAAUUCUUCAGAUCAAUACAAAGGACUGGAAGCCAAAAUUGUCAAGUGAAUUUAUAAGUGAAUUGGGACAUCGGUGUAUAGGUUAUUGUGGUGCUGAUCUCAAAGCUCUGUGUACAGAGGCUGCUUUGUUAGCCCUUCGUAGACGAUACCCACAGAUUUACACAUCUAAUGAAAAGCUCCAGCUUGACGUAUCUUCAAUCAAUGUGUCUGCUAAAGAUUUCUUCAGUGGGAUGCAGGUGGUGGUUCCAACUGCUCAGCGAUCUGUCACAUCGCCUGCCAGACCAUUGUCAAAAAUCGUCCAGCCCUUGCUGAAAAAUUCACUGCAACAGUCAUUGUCCAUUCUUCAAGAUACAUUCCCAAGUGUUCUAGCUCAGAUGGCAUCCUUUGAUGCCCCAGUGAGUAGUCAUGCUAAGGAAGGAGACGCGCUGCUGGAAGAAAUGGCCAGUGAGGAUGAAAGUGGACCAUCCAUUUUUGAAAACUGUCGAAGUAGGGGCCGGAAAUCAUUAUCAGGGAACAGUGGAUCUCAUGAUGACAGCAUGCAAAAUUCAUUCCUUAAUUUUUCUAGUUAUGCAUACAACAAACCUUCCACCUAUCGGCCGCGCCUUCUUAUCUCAGGGAUGUCUGGUAUGGGCCAAACAGCUCACGUCGGUCCAGCCAUAUUACAUUAUUUGGAACAGUUGCCGGUUCAUGUGUUGGAUUUACCAACACUAUAUGCCAUUAGUGCCAAAACACCUGAAGAAUCAUGUGCUCAGGUCUUUAGAGAAGCCAAGAGAGCAGCUCCUAGCAUUGUCUACAUGCCGUACAUCAACCAGUGGUGGGAGGUGUUGGGUGAAACACUGCGAGCAACAUUUCUCACACUGAUAGAGGACAUGGAUCCUACAUCGCCACUGCUGAUCCUUGCAACAAGCGAGGCACCUUAUUCGGAACUGGAGUCAAUGGUGCAGAUGUUGUUUGAUGCACUUGGUGGAGAGGUACUGCAGAUGGUCAAUCCAACAUCGGAUCAGCGAAGAGAAUUUUUCCAAGAUCUCAUUUUGGUACAGGCAGCUAAACCAGUUAGUCUCAAGAAAGUAGCAGCUAAACGAUUAUUGGAGGUGUUGCCUAAAGCACCACCACCUGAGCCAAGAAAGCUAACUGAAGCGGAAAAAAAGAAGUUGCGUGAACAAGAAGAUGCUACUCUUCGGGAACUCAGAAUCUUUCUCAGGGAUAUUCUUAACAAGCUCGGUAGAGAUCGCAAGUUCGGGAUAUUUACAAAGCCAGUUGAUAUUGCAGAUGCCCCAGACUACUAUGACAUCAUUCACAAGCCAAUGGACUUGUCGACUAUGAUGAGUAAGAUUGAUCUCCAUCACUACCAUUCAACUCAGGAGUUCCUCCGUGACAUCGGUCUCAUCUGUUCCAAUGCCCUGGAGUACAAUCCAAGCACAGAUACAGCAGGGCGUGCAAUACGCCAUCGAGCCUGUGCCUUAAAAGAUACAGCUCAUGCUAUGAUAAAGACUGAACUGGAUCCAGAAUUUGAAAAGCAUUGUAGAGAAGUUGCUGAAUCAAGGAAGAGAAGAGGAGAAAAUGCUGAGAAAUCUGCUCCAGACUUCUGCUACACAGUGCCCAUAUACCAGGCCUUGAACAAGCAAAAUUACGAGACUCCAAAAGCGAGAAGAAUGCAUCCUCAGUCUGAACGGUGCAGUCGACGUGUCCGUGGGUUAGACGUGGAAUUCAACAUGCCUCUGAACAAUGUCGAGAAGCAGUGGUCAGAUCAGAAACGAGGACAGAAAAGUCCAGAGAAGUCUUCCCCAGACGAUGGCUCCCAGAAGAAAGAAAUACAAAACUCUCAAAGUCCCACAUUAGUCAAAACCAAAUCGAAACCAAGGAAGAAGUGUAUAUGGGCCACCACAAAACGAAGAAAGAAGCAGAGAAUGAGCACGAGUCCGAAACGAUCUCCGAAUAACCAGGUUGACAUAAACGAUUCUUCGGACAGCGAGAUCGAAUUCAUACCACAUUCGGGGUCGGCUGGUAAAGACAUUCCUAAAAAUGUGUCUGGUAGCUCCCCACCUCAUUACUCCACACCUUCCCAGCCAGAUUCUGCUGCCAAAGCAGGUUUGGCCAAAUCACUGCCUUCCACGGAAAUGCACGAUCUCGUGCUUGACAGCGGAGUGGGAAGUUCCCUGGACAGCAAUGGGGAUUCUGUUGAUAGUGUCGAUCAUGCUAAAGAGAAAGCUGGAAAGCGCUACUAUAUAAGAACUAGGUUAUCGGAUCGUAUUUCUCCAAACCAAACUACCAAUACCAAUUCUUUUGAAUACAACAAUGUGGAACAAGAACAAGGACCAGGCUGUGCAUUCCGUGUAACGAGAACUCGAAUCCAAACCAAGGAUCAAGAAAAAGCUUUGGAGGUCUUAGAAAGUCCCAUACCACCUCUGAUAGUUGACCAGCAGAGAUUGCACAAUUUGUUACAGCGUAUUGUGUUGGUCACAGACAAUUACACUGUUGGACGAUUGGAAAAGCUGCACAGUGUACUCAGUCAAUGUGUGUUUAAACAUCGAAAGCAGAAUGACAAGACACAUCUAAUAAAGGAGAUGGAAGAGAAAGUUGAAUCUCUCACAGUGCAUGCAAGACAGCGAGUGGAAAUCCAUGAAAGAAUGCCAUCAUCAACCAGGCACUAGCUUCAUUUCAUCACACAUCACCAUUCAUGAGAUUCAUUAGGAAUGAUAGUUAUAACCUCCUAUUCAUACACAAGUUACUUAGACCAAAUGAACUGAAGUCGCAUAUACUCUUACAAGUUGUAUCAUGUCGUGUUCUUUUCAUAAUCAUGUUUCUAUUCUUGGAACACACUUUAAAAGUAAAAAAGGUUGGUUAUAUUUAAACUAUAUGGGGUAAAAUGCAAGUUCUAAAAAAAAAAAAAAAAAAAAAUUAUUUGCUUGGAAUGGAUGCUCGAGAGAGAGAGAGAGGGCGUGUCCUUGUUGGAAGACUGGUUAAAUUUGUUGAUGUGGACAUUAACAAUAUUAAUAUUUUUUUUAUUCCUUUUAAUUAUAUUUUCCCCUGCUCCUUCACCUUUUAAGAUCAAUCUGCAAGAUUGGCCAGUUUUGAAAGGCAAAUGUUUUGCCUAAAUAAAUAUUGUGACUUUAUUUCAUCUGGAUUUUUUAACUUGAAUGAAUUUCAGUGCUUAUGAUAGCAGGGACAAUGUGAUGAAGUUGCAUAAUGUCAUUCAUAUGUGCAUUGUUAUCAUCCUUUGAAAAUCAGGGAUAAAAAUCAGGUUACUUCUCUGCUGUUAAAGUUGCCAUCUUUUUUCAACAGAUUCCUUCUUUUUUUUCACAAAUAUUUAAGCUAUUUUCCUUUUUAUACUUUUCAUCAAGUUUUAAUGUAUUUGUACAGAAUAUAUAUUUAUUAACUUUACAUUAAUUGUAUUUUUCAUGUUUAAUUGUGUUGAAUGGUAUAUACAUGAGUGUGUGUGUAUGUGUACAUAUAUAUUUAAAUAUAUAUUUAGCUAACAACUGCCACUGUGUGCUAUUUUCACAGUAGAUUGUCAAUUUUUUUAUGUUGAUUAUUCUAAAGUGGGUUGAGGAUUGAGGAGUUAAUAGUCAUACACACUAAGCACAGUAGUCUCUAAAAGCAAUUUAUUUUUAACAACUACUAAUUACUCUACUGUCAGAUAUACACACUAUCCAUCUGAAUUCAUUACAAGUGCCUUGAACAAUCCCACCUCCAUAUAUUUGUUUUUAUGACACAAAUAUUUUACAAAUAUUAACCAUUUUACAUAAUAUUAUAUUGUGUAUUGUAAUUGAAUUGAUUAAGUAUAACUCUGGAGAACAUUAUAAACUGUAGAAUGGCAUUUAUGCUAAAUAUGCAUUAUAUUUAACAUCGAAAGAAAUAAUAUUGCUGUCUAUGUUUUUUUAUAUACAACUGUGAUGAUCAAAAGGCAAGACUGAAUAUAACCAGGUCCCAUGCUUAUCACAUUGUAGACUGAAGAAUCUAAUAAUGACAUGGUAACACCAUACAGAUUGUAUACAUGUAACUUCAUUAGAAAUUGGAGUCUAAAGUUUUAUAAGCUUUUUAUAAGAGAUUCUAACAAACUGCUUUCGAGGUGUGUUUAAACAAGGAUUGAGGAAAGAUUGCGUAUUAAAACGGAACAAUUACAGGUCUUUUGUGCUCCAUCUGUUUAAGCACAGUGUUAUGCCAUUUUGAGAAAUGGUUUUGGAAUAAGUUUAAACAAAAAUAAUAAUAAAUUUGAACAAAAACAUGUAAAAGUUUUGAUAAAUGUUCUUCAAACAUAUACAAUAAUCUGUCAUUAGUACAUUUAGUACUUGAUCAUUCAUAGAUGAACAGUUAGUUUGAAUUGUAUUUUAGUACUAUUUUAUAUUUUGUUUCUAAUAGAUCAUAUGUUUGCAUGCCUUAAAACUGACAGGUUUUGAAUUGCUAAUACUAAUUGGGUUGUACAUAUUAACAAAAUGAAGAAAAUUACCAAUAUCAGCAUUUUUAUAAAAUUUUAAAUAAUAUAUUCUGGAAAAGGUAUUCUGAUAAAAUAAUAAUGUUAAAAAUAUAGGCCCCUACUAAUAAAAAUAUAGAUGUCUAUAUAAAAAAUACAAAAUGAAAAUCGAAUAUGAAUUGAAAAGUAAGUCUAAAAAAACAUGUUAAUAAAAGUUUGUCUUUAAAAUCUUUACUUAAUAAUUUAUUUAUUUUUUAAAUGUGUGUCUUAAAUGUCAUGAAUUCCAAUGGUUCAAAACCGGUCUUACUUGUGUUUGCAAAUCUACAUGGAUAGAUUGAGCUGUUUUGAUUAUUGUAGAAAAAAUUCUUAAAUCUUUUCUUGCAAAGAUUUAAAUGGAUUGUGGUAUAAAAGAAAUGUGUCUAGGUAUUGAUAUUAAUAUAACUUACUUUUGAUCUCUGUCAAAAAAUAAGUGAUAUUUGUGAGUAAAAAUUUUGUUGUUGGAGUGUUUGGUUUGUUUUUUUGAAGUUCGACUUGUUUCAUAUUUAAUAAGAAAGGUGAUUAUAUGUAAUUAAUAAAAUGGAUCAUAUUUACAAAAUCUUUUAUAUUUCAGUCAGUGAUGUAUUGUACUGUAAUUACAAUUACUUUAAAAAAAUAAUUACAUAACAAAAACGUUAAAAUUUACAUCAAAAUAAGUUUUAAAAUUAAAUAUUGCAUUUAUAUUUGACAAAUAUACUUUCUUGUAAUUUUUUGUUUUCUUUCUUGGUGCAAAACAUGUACUUAGAAAUGAGGCAAAAGGUUCUUCUUGAAUAAUGUUGGGUAAAGUUCUAAUAUAGACUAAUUGGUCAUGCUUUGUAGUCUUAUCUACCUGCCCAGGUCCUAUUCAAGGUUCAGGCAUGUCUAUCCCAAGCCCAGUGGCUGGACUUGAAACUAAUUGGUGAAUGACCUAUGUAACUACAUGUACUAAUAUAUCUGACAUCUGUAGAUACAUAAAUUUCUUUAAAACUUUUUAUGUUUUGUCAUUGAAAGUUCUGAAACAUAUGUAUCGGAUAUGCUUGUUUUCGAAAUGAUCUCUAAAGUAAUAAAAUAAAAUGAUGUCUUGGGGUUUGGGAUUUAAAGGCAUGAAUAUAUAAGCAAAUUUUCAAAGUACAUUUAAAAGUGUCUGUUGUUGUUUGUGUAGCAUAUGAGUUGACAUUGAAUAUGUUGAUACUUGAAAUGUAUUUAUUUAUUCAUGCAUUAUUCAGUUUUUUAACAAUUGCAGAAUUAAUGUUUAUUCUGUAGUAAAUUGUAGUCAAAUUUAAGUGCUACAACAUGAAAAUGUAUGCUUUGGGGGAGGGGGAAUGAAUGCCGAAUUUGAUUUGUUAUCUUGUUUAUGCAGAAAAUAUAGUCCUGUUCUUGUAAAUUAUAAAAAAACAACCCCCAAAAACCUAAGCUCAUGGAUAAAGAAAACUAGUUAAAAUUUUAGUUAAAAGUUUAAAGGUUGAGAUUGUUAAAUAUUGUUUGUAACAGUGCUUAUUAUGCAGUAUAUAUAUAGUCCUGUUCCUGUAAAUUGUAAAAAAACAAAGAAAGAUCAAGUUCACAUAUAUGGUGGACAAAAAAAACACAUUUAGAAUUUUUGUUAAAGGUUGAGAAAUGUCAAAUAUUGUUUGCAAGUUUUUAAUAAUGCUCAAAUUUGCACAGGAUCUCUAACCUUGUGUUUGUCAAAUAUAAAUGUAAAACUUCUAAUUACCUCUGAUGUAAAAAACCCAACCCAAAACAAAUUUGAACCUAAUUGAAAAAAAACCCUUUAUUUUAACAGCUUGCAAAUAAAAUUGUGAAGUUUUACUGUUGGGUUUUGACAGUUUGUAUUGAUAGAUGUGUUAAUAUUGUUAAUUAAUUUUUGUCAUUAGUUAGAAAGGAGUUUCACACAGAUUUGUUAAGUUGCUGGUUUCCAUAAUUGUAAUGCUUUAGCACAAUAAUAACAUUUCACUGACUGAGAAAUUAUUCACAGAAAAUUUUAGAUUCAUCUUGUUUCUCAUAGUACAUCAGCAAUUCCGUUGUAAUUGUAUGUAAAUUCAGAUCAAACAUUUUAAUUAUGGUCAAGUUCUUGGCAUGAUUUUUAAACAACCCAAAUGUCCACAAAUCUGCUUGGUACAAAUAUGAGAAAAUACACAAAAUUAGAAGAAAAUUGCCUCGGACUUAGAAUAUUUUUCUUUUCAAAGCUGUGUGAACCAUGUGUGUUGUACUUUGGAUAAAAUUAAAGAAAAUGAAAUUAAAAAAAAACACGUAAGUAUACUUUUUCCUCAAAUUAAAGUCUUAGUCUGUGUUUACGAUAAUCAUGGAGAAAAGUAUUGCCAAAUUCCACUCACAUAAUACACAAUUCUUCCAAAGAUGUGAAUGAAACUGAUACCUUCCAGUUGAAUUGUUUGUGUAAUGAAUUUUAUUUAAGACUUGGGUGGAAAAAUUAUUUUAUAAUUUAAAUGUUUAAUGAACUUUGCAUUUAUUUUACAAAUAUCAAUUGGUACACUAAAUUGAUAUUAAUUUCUGCAAACAAUGAUUGCAUAAUAUAUAAAACAGAUUAAUCCAAAUGAUUGUACCUAAAUUUUUGCUGGUUUACUUAAAAGCUGUAUUACUUUUUUAAAAAUUCAUUGAUAUGGGGAUGUGGGAGCAUGGUUCGCACUGCUUCAGAAAAUUUUGAAAUUUAUCAAUGCAUUGAAAUUGCAAAGUUUUUAGAUGCUUAUAUAGAUUGAUGGACAAGUUGGAAAUUCCUGACCGUGCCAUAUAUGCUGUAGUUUUUAACUGUAAUAAAAUUACAAUGUGUUUCCGUAUUGUACUAUAUAUUACAGUUUUCUAGAAGUCGCCCUUUAAGAUGAGUAAUUGGAGACUAAUAUAUUUUCAAUGAAACCUCUGGAAUAAUAAAAACUCAGGGAAUGUUUGGCUUGAAAGUGGGAACCCUGUUAGAGGGACAUAUAUUGGUGUAAAACUAGACUAGUCUGGAAUUGUAAAUAAUGGAUAUUUAAGAGAAAACGAUACAGAGGCGUUCAGUGUGUUAUCAACUGGUUAGUACAACACUUGACACCCAUGAGUAGAGUUUUUUGUCAGAACAUAAUAGAAGUAUUAAGUAGGCAUGUAUCUGUAAUUUAGGUACAUUGAAGAUUAAGCAUGUACUAGCAUUAAGAAACACGCUUGUUUGUGGCUACAACAUGGUUCUGUCUGUAUAUAAUGGUAGUUGGUGAUGUCACAAGCAGUGCAUAGUGUUGCUGGGUAAAGUCAUGUUAUAAUGACUAAAGGCGGUGUCGAAUAUUAUAAUAAUCACAACAAUUAAUAAUCAUUUUAAUUUUUUCUGAAUUCUCUCUCCCCCAUCUCAUUUCACAGGUUUGCACAUGAGAGCUUAAUUUGUAGUUAUUUAUAAUCAAGGGUUAUUAUGUUAUAGAUAAGAAUAAUUUCAUGUAGUCUGGAUCUCAAAAUAUGUUUCAUUAUUGAAUAAACAAAAACUGAUUUAGCACAAUAUGAAUUUUAAUAUUUUGUUGCUGUGUGUAUUGCCUAUAAAUAUAUUUUCUGACUUUCUUGUUGAUCACGUUUCAAAUGUUCUGGUGUCGCCACUUUGUUUCCCUCAUUUUAUAAUUCAUCCAUUUAAAAAAAUCUGUAUAUGCAGGACAAUCGGUGUAUUUAUUUAUUUUGUUUACUGCAGUUGUGAAGUCUUGUAUCUGAUAAUAAUAAUAAAACUGGCAAUACAUAGCUGAUAGCAUGUGACAACAGUAAUAUCUCAUUUACAUAUAAUACAUGUACAUAAAAUUACAUAAUAACUAAACAAAAUUGUUUCUAAAUAACUACAUAUUAAGUUGAAAUGGAGUUUAAUUGUAAAUGUGCAGUGUGAACAGUUGUGUAUUGUUACAGUGGCUCAUUGGGUGUUGCAUGAAGCAAGGAAAUAUGUUUGUUGCAUUUCUAUGUGUAUGGUAUGGUGUAAUAAACGGUUCGACCUGCUAAA